CAUGUAAAAAAAUCGUGCAUUCCACGGACUAAAGAAUACAAGUUUUACUAGUUUUGACAGCAUCUGAGAAAUCCUAAUAUGCACAAUAUUCAAAGAAUAACCUUGAAACUUUGAUAAUUUUACAGUUUUAUUUGUAAACCCACCUCAAAAGUUGAGAAUUUUGCAAAAAUUGAAGCGGGUAAGUGCACAAUUUUCCAUGGAGAUUGGGUUGUUUUCGGUUGUUUUUGUUUUCAAGGUGGCAGCACCGUCGGCCUACUUGCAAGGGUGACGAUUAGCGCGGGAAAAUAGACUGACAGAAAAGACUGGAAUCAACAAAACCAUAGUCAACAAGAAUCUCUCAUCGUCACUCAUAAUCAUUCCACGGAAAUUUUGUGAAAAAAAUUUAAGUACGUGUGUAAAGGAGACAGAAUAGAAACUCGAACCCUGCUUGAAUAAGAGAGAUUGAGAGCUUUUCACUUUGACCAUGGCAGAUGAUUUAUCAACAACAAAUUUGAUGCCAUUCAAAUGGUUGAUGACCCAAGAAGACUGCCUUCUCUCAACAAACAAGGACAAACCAACGAACCAGCAAGCCCCUUUGUCAAAUUCCACCAGAGCAAGCUCACUUUCUCAGCGACCCUUUACCCAAAUCUCCUUUCCAUCUUUCACUCAACUGGUUUCCGAUGAAACUUUAAAAAUUCCAGACCCUUACAAGCCACCUCCGGAGCCCAAAAGUCCCCAAGAACUGUCAGAACUGGCCUGGAUAGUCGUUCAGAUGCUCCCACACAAAGAUGUCAUUCUGCAAGAUUUGCUCUACAUUUUCGAAAACUCAAAAACCAAGCUUGGCAGGACAUUGGAAAUCGGUCUUAAAACGCCUCUCACUUCAACACCUUUUUUGCAAACUUUUCUUGCAAAAUGUCCUCUUCUGCAUGAAAAUGAAUUUAGCAGCUCGUCAUCUUCUUCUGAAGACAGCUCCGAAAGUGACGAUUCCGAAGUGGAACCUUCUCAGGAAAACUCAUCCAUGGACAAAGAAGAGCACCCAGUACUUCUGCAGAACAAGUCCUCCUCUAGCUCACUUGAAACUGUCAAGGAAAACGACAUCAUUAAUGAUUUGGAAAUUUCGAGCUCUGAAGAUGAAAUAGAGGAAGUUUGUGAAAUGCCUCUAAUAGAAGAGGAUACAGCCGGGAAAGUCCCAACCGAAAGCCCCGAGGCCCCGGAGGAAUCACAGACGCAGCAUCUAUUUGGACUAGACAUGCCAGAUUUGAGCAACACUGCGGCAAAAGGAACGCAAACUGACCUCACAAUGGUAGACAUUGAGAAGUUGAUGCGAAAAACCAAAGGAAGCAAAGAGAUUCAAUUGAGCGGACGAGCGAGUGAAAAUGGGAAGAACGAAAGCGAAGUCCCUACCAAGAAGAGAAAGAAACCAACAGUCAGGAUCAGGCUAGGGUUGCCUAGAUACAAAGGGAAAAAAGGAGAAAGAAAACAGUGAGAAAACAAGUUUAAAUUUACAGUAACUCGUCUUGUAUUGCCAUUCAUCAGUUUUUAGUUUCAAUCAAAAUUAUGUAAUUUCAAGGCAGAAUGGGCAGAACAAUACUUUCAUUUCAAUUUGAAAAAUAAUGUAAAAUAAAAAUUUACAAUGAGUGAAA